AUGGAGGGGCCUCCUGUGGGCAGCUUGGCGCUGAGCGGCGCUGGCUAUGCCCUGAGCAAGGCACGGGCCAGCCGUCCAACCCGGCCAGCGGGUAGGAUGCCGCGAGCGCCUCCUCCAGAUAAUGAAGCGAGCCUGGAGCCUCAGUUGACGCCCAAGAUCACGACGGUGGAGGCACUGAUCAAGGAGCUGCGCAAGGUCACCCACGCGAUGUUCUGUACGGUCGACCCAAGUAUUCCGAGCUCAAGCGCCUACGAGAACUACUCGCGCCAAGCAUUCCGUUUCUUCACGACUACAAACUCCAUCACACCGGAAUGCUUUCACCACAAGGUUGUGCGGCUCGGUCUGCACGUUACUCCACGGUUGUGCAACGAGCUGUUUCGCCGGAUUGACCAAGAAGACCUCGGCGAGAUCGUUUAUCCUACGUUUGCUCAACGAGUAUUUCUACCAGAAACAUUUUUCUCUCCCGAUGAGCCAACACAAGCUUCAGGCCAUGGCUCACCCACCAAGAUCUCUAUCAAACUCGAGCCUGCAGCCCGACCUGUGAUCAGGUCGCCACGACAGGUUGGUGGGGGUAGCAAUCACGCAGCAAAUGCGGUACCCAGCCCGAGGAAGUCGACUCCAGUGUACGAGUAUAUGGCUCUGGAUGAGCUUGAGAAGUGCAUCGUUCGGAGACUCGAAGACAAAAUGCCGCGUGGUGCAACGGACGCCGUUGGACAAGCAUUUCGUUUCUUUACAAGUGCAGACACGAUCACAUUUGCGGAUUUUCAUCGCCACUUGGGCAUGCUCCAGAUACAGAUAUCGCCACCCAAGUGCAGGGAGCUUUUCGUCCGGUUCGAUCGAGAUAGGGACGGAGUCAUUGAUACCAUUGAAUUUGCCACGACUCUCUUUACCAAGGAAAACCGAGCACCUGACCGACCGACCAGUCCACGAAGCGACCCAAGCGCAGCAGACCAGGAGCCAUCUGUCUCGACCAAGCAGCUUGUGACGAUGAUACGUGAAAGAAUGGACCAACUUUCGGAGGAAACGGACCGUUUCCAGCAAGCAUUUAUGCUGUUCGGGAAGCCUACCGGGAUCUCGUGCAGUGAUUUAAACUCGGCCCUGAGGAGGCUUGGGCUGAGGGUUUCAGAGAAGCAGCUCCAGGAUCUCUUCGACACAUUCGACUUUGAUAAAACCGGCGACCUCGAUGUGAACAAGUUUGUCCAAGGCGUUAUGCUCGAUGACUACUCCACUUCGUUCUGGUUGUCUGUUAAGGACAGGCAAAAGGUUGACGACUCCCGGCGGAAGUUGUACUCGAUGGCAGUGCAAUCAGUGCAAGAAUCGUGGACUAUUGCUGACAUUGAGCGUAUGUUGCGCGAGAAGAUCGAGCAGCGCACGUCUCGCUCAUCAGACUGCUUCAGGCAGGCCUUUCGCAUUUUCAAGAAAGUGAACGGAAUCAAACCACACGAGUUCCACGCAGCACUGGAAGCAAUUGGACUAGCGCUAACUCGCGUCCAGUCUGACAUUCUGUUCCGUCGAUUUGACAAGGAUGGCAGUGGUGAUAUCGACUUGAAUGAGUUCAUUCACGGUGUACUGCCUCCUGAUUACAUUGGAAUAUCCUGGGUAGCUGCUGCUGACGAGUUACACCGGAUCGAGGCGAAAAAGAAGAAAGAGAAAGCUAUGGCAAACCCUGAGCAAUACAUGACUGAAAUUGAGAUGGAAAGCUGGAGUCUGGAUGAAAUCGAAAUGCGCAUACGGGACAAAAUCCAACAGGCGACAUCAAGGAGCUCUGAUACCUUCCGCCAGGCAUACAAAAUCUUCAAGAAGGCCAGUCAUGUGACAAUGGAAGAGUUCCGGGAGCGACUUCUUGCCCUUGGCUUUCGACUGACCCCAGCACAGUGUCUAGGACUGUUCAAGAGAUAUGACACGGACAACAGCAACGAUCUGGACUUGCAGGAGUUUUGCAUGAAGAUCCUGCCACCAGACUACACUCACGACGGAGAUCACUGGUCGCAUUCGGAAAAGUAUAGGAAGGAGCGCCAACGACAGAAGCUGGAAUACGUGAAGAGAUCGAAGAAUGGAUUGAUCAUGCUGCCGAAAUUCAUCGAGUCGCACCGCUUUACUCGAGGGCACUACGUUUCUCGCACAUUUGAAGGAAUGCAGGAGGAGACAAUGUCAUCGUUCAGUAGUCGCAGUGAUGCCAGUAGCAAAAAUGGGGCGACUCGACCGUCCACGAGCUCUACCAUCGACGAGGUAACUCGUACUACCAGCCCUCGACCUCCCCGUACAUCUCGACCUCCAUCUACCAGUACCACCGAGAACUCCACUUCUCAGUACCUGCCAAGCCCCCGCCACCGUCCAACGCCUGCUUCUCCUACGAGUCCAUUGGCAUCUUGUAGCCCACAGAAUAUCCGUACCGCGGUGUCUGCCGUCAGCAGUCGACCAAGUGAUACCCACGCAUAUUCAAUGCAAGCGGCCCCGCCGACGUCUCCACGGAUUGUGUCGCCCACUCGACCAAUGUCUCCUCGAGCACCUUCGUCGACUCCUCUCUCACCCCACCGCCAGGGCCGCCCAAUGACACCCAGAAAGCCCUCACCACAAGCGGAGGACGUUGCGAUCGAGUACGAAGACGAAGAGAUAAUUGAAGACGAUGAUGUGAUGUCGCUAGAAUUAUCCCGAGUGAAGAAGCUGUCGCGACACCGGCGAAAGCAUGGUAAAUCCAGCCGCCGCCACCACCACAGCACCCACGACAGUGAGCGGAGUAGCAGUUCGUCGGGUCAAGUGUCAGUGCGCGCCGCUGAAAGUGUUGCGGGUAGUUCCACGAGUACAGCAAGUGGAGCUGUGGGAACAGCCAAGCACAUGCCCCAGCGGAACCACGUCCUGCUUAUCAAGCGCUUCAUGCAGGCAGCUGGCAAAGGAUCGGAGCUGAGCUCGUCAAGGAGCGUGAAGCGGCUCAGUGUUGCGCGCCGAUAAGCUACUGCACCCGCCUGAACCCCCAAGAUAAAACGAUCCUGAAAAAGCAAGUCAACCAACCACGAACACGUAACUCAAGCAAAUCUAGCGGGCCAAACGAGAUGAACGCUGCGACGAGCCCCAAGCAGAAAGAAUAACUUAAACAUUGGUAC